AUGUGUGAGGAGCCUUCCCCAUUUUACGAAUAUAUCGAGCCCUCCAGCUCAAACUCAACGCCAUCGCCGCCCCGACAGUCUUUACAAAAGAGUCAGCCAACCAAAACACAGUUUGCUACAGUAACUCGCAACGCGCUCGACCGUAUCAACUUGAUAAACUUCUCCCAAGCCGAAGUCGCCGAUCUCCACGAGGUAGUCAGAAAAAAUUGGCCCAAAGGCAUCAAGACGGUUAUUCCUCGUGAGCGAUCGAGAGAGUUCAAGCUGAGAGGAUACCCUUGGGGUUUCGAUCCCAACGGAAGUGAAGAGUCGCUAUUACUGGUACUUCGUUUAGUCGAGGCACUUUAUGGGCUGGGUUGGGACAUUUACUCUCCUAUUGAGAUAAACGCACUCGUGUUUCGAAAAUCAUACUACAAUCUUCCUCCUGUCGAAUGGAUAAACAUCUCAUUCCAUGGCGGCGACAAACUCAAGAUCCUCAAUUCACCACCAAGCGAUCUCGUCAACGAUGUUCUCGAAGCUUUUACAAGAGAUAUCCAAAGACAUGAAGUUACUAAAGAAAGGGCAAAGAUCAAGUUUAAGGGCGAUCCAUGGCGAAGCAUCCACCACGAUGAUGAGGACGAGACGCAGCUGAAGCUUCUGAAACUACUGGACGUCGUUGACAGGAAUGGAUUUACACUUUAUGCGCGGACGGGGGCAAGGUAUAGUGAUGAGACCAGCGAGUCCAAUGUUUUGAUCUUUCAGAGAAGGCUCGAAUGGGCUUAG